UACCUCCCUUGGAUCAUCAAUCAUCGGUGGACUAAUUGUUGGACUAAUUGCCGAUCGAUUUGAACGUAAAUCAUCACUUCUAUUUUCGUUGUAUUUAUUUGUGGCAGUCGCUUUUUCAAUGCACUUUGUUCAGGAUAUCAUUUCGUUUGGUAUCGCUUUUUGUUUACAAAACUUUUUCCUAAUGGGUAUUCAAAUUGCAUCUUAUGUCCUUCUUAUGGAGAUCAUGCCUUCCCCGUAUCAAUUUCAAGCGUCCGUUUAUUAUGUGGGCUUUUCGAUAGUCUCAUCGAUGAUUGUCCCUCUAAUUAUGUGGCUCAUUUCUUCAUGGAGAUACAUACAAUUAGCUAUUUCUGCUCCAGGGGUUGUAUUUUUUGCUCACCUAUGGAUUUUACCUCGAUCGCCGUUGUGGUUAAUCUCUGAGGGUAAAAUGACCGAAACCGAAAAUCUUAUGGAAAAUCUUGGUAAACAAAAUGGUAAAUCAAUGCCUCCAAGUUUUAGAUUACAUUUGCAAAAUUUUCUUAAUCUAAUCAAAAGUUGCGAUGGUUUAAGUGGAAAACGACACAAUAUUUGGUCACAAUUUUCAUCGCCAUCAUUACGUUGGUACCUAUUGGCUCAUUUUUACCUUUUCUUUGUCACUUAUUUAUCACUAAAUGUCACCGAUUCUCAGGUAUUGAGAUUACAUCAAACUAAACACACUGAUUACUUUUAUCGAGGUCUAAUGGAUCUCGGUGCUCUUACAAUAAUCUAUCAUAUAUCAAUGAGAAUUGGACCAAGACCAAUGCAAUCAAUCAUCUUCAUUCUAAGUGGACUCUUGAUGAUGAUUGCGAUUUCCAUUGAAGAGCUUUUUCCAAUUAACAAUGAACAAAAUGGUUAUAAUUAUCAUAUAUUGUUGAUUCCGUCAACUUUGGUUUCUGCAGCUCGAACCUUAUUGAUGACUUUACCCAUUUUCAUUUGGUAUCAUACAAUUAAAACUUUACCAACGGGAAUUAGGGCAAUUGGAUUCGCUUGUUGUUUUGCUUGGGGAGUUGUUGGACAAAUGUCGGCUCCUAAUCUUUUAGUACUUGCUGAAUUAAUUGCUCCUUUUAUCCCGAUUGGUUUGUGUGGAUCUUUGUCCAUGAUCGCCGGUGGUUUGUCGCUUCUUUUCCCUGAUUUCUGGCGAAAACCGCUACCAAACACUUUGUCGGAUGUUGAGAAUCGUUCAUCACCACAGACAACAAUUAGUCGAUCAUCAAUCAGUGAUGGAUUCCGACAAAUUAAAAGUCUAAACUCACAAUAUAUCAAAUCACCUUGUGAAAUUGAUCUUUGUACAUCAAUGGAUCCAAAGACAGAGGCGAAACUAAUUCUUGCACAAAAUUUGAAUCAACAACAACAAAUACAACAAUUACCGUUGACACAAAGUGAUUGUUAUUACGAUGAUGGAUUAACAACAAAUCACCUUACCUAUGGAGGUAUAAUCGAUGUAAAUUAUGAUAACUCUUCAACAAUUAACAGACCAAUGAUGCACCCUGACAUUGAUAGAAUCAAUUGUAUUCGCGAUUCAAUUGUUCUUAGUGAAACCCAAGGGUCACAAUUAACUGAACUUGAUGAUAUGGUUGUUGAUAAUGGUAAUUGGCAUUUAUUUUCACCUUCAGAUAAUCAUUUGUAUUUACCUUCAUCAACCUCUGGACAAUUAACUUCAAAUCUUAUUGGUCAUAAUCGUAAUGGUAUAGUUGAAACUAAUCGCUCUUUUCGUGAUUUACAAAUUUUUUCAAACAACGGACAAACUAAUCAACACCAUUCUAAUCACACCAAUCAACAAAAUAGAUCAACAGUUGAUGAAGAUGAAAAUUCUGCUGUCAUUAUAAUUGAAAAUAGUGUUGCUCAAGUUUCCGAGACAAAACUCUGAUUUCUAUCAGAUAAUUGAACUUUUAAAGUUUCGAUUUUUUUUAUAUGUAAAUGCAAGUACAUCAAACAACUAAAUAAAUAA